GGUCGCUCAGGAUGUACCAACGCCCUCACCAGUAUCUAUGGCCGAUAACCGCGAAUUUGCCGUCAUCGCCUGCGCCGUCGUCACUGUGAUCGUCGUGAUUGUGUGUGCCCUGAUGGCUCUCUCGAGAACGAUGCCGUCUGGAGCCCCGGAACCCGUGUGCGAGACGGAAAGCUGCGCCCUGCACGCACGGCUUCUCACCAAGGACCUGGACCCAAACUUGGACCCCUGCGAGAAUUUCAGUGCUUACGUCUGUUCCGGUUGGUACAAGCGACAGCGUACUGACUACCUCCAUUUCUCCAAGUCGACCAUGGACGACGUGCGCAAGUCCUGGUUCCCAGCCUUCCACGACACUCUCUUUGAAGGCUCGCAGAAGCUCCGCGCAGGACGCAAACCGGUGGCCAUGUACUCGUCUUGCAUGGGCAGCCCUUCUGAAUACGGCUCGAAUUUGGGCAUGUUCCGAACGUACAUGGACGCCGUCAACCUAUCCUGGCCAGAGGCACCAAAGAAGCCAGGCUCAGACGCACUUAGCGUUUUAUUGAAGCUGGCGUUCCAGUGGCAGGUCCCACUGUGGGUGCGAAUUAGGGAGGCCCGCUCGGCUCGCAGCUGGCGCUUCGCAAUAGAUCCCGCCCCCUUUCUGCCACUCAUGAGACAGCACCACCUGAGCACAACAGAGGGCGCGUAUUCGAUGUACUGGGAGUCCUUCUACCGCCUUUUGAGCCUUCACCAGCGUAAGAUUGACCCAUCGACCGUCGAGGCGCUGCGCACCAUGGAACGCGAGGUGCUGGAGAAACUGUACGCCGCCCGAACGCCUCAGAUCCGGCACCCUGCAGUAGUUCCUGUUUCGAACAUGGGCAACCGUACUGCGCCACUCACAUCUGACAGGUGGCUCCGCGCUCUCGAACACCUGUCGCUCCACCCCACUGCCGCACCCAACGACAUGGUACUGCUCAGCGACACCGGCUUCUUCGAGACACUCGGGAGCCUGUUCGCGCGGUACAGCAACGACCAGCUGCUGGACCUCAUCGGCUGGGCCUUCGUGCAGCUGUGCGCGGCGGCGGCCGACUACCGGCUCCUGGUGGCGCGCUACGGGAGCGAGACGGCGGUGGCCAAAUACAAGCCGUACUUCUGCGAGCGCUUCGUCGAGUCGUCCUACAGCUUGCUCGUCAUCGCAAUGUACUCCGUGGCGCGUUUAUCCAGGCCGCAGCGCGAAUCGGUGGACGCCGGGUUCGAUAGCCUCGUGUGGGCCGCUGCGACCUUGGCCAACGCGACGACGUGGAUGGACGAGGACAGCCGGCGGCUGACCGCCGAGAAGAUGGCCUCGACGCGCCUCAUGCUCUGGCCCCCGGACGAGUACCUCGACAACGACACCCUUCUCGAGGAACUGUACGAAGCAUUCCCCAGCGCAGGCCAGUCGUUCGCAGACUAUUGGGUGACCGCGAGUCAUGUCACUGCCGCGGCCUACAGGUCGUUGGUGAACGCCGGCGCGUUCGGUUAUGCGGUCAACUACGCGCUGCCCUACAACCAUUACGACGGUCCUCUGGGCAAAGUGAAACUGGCCGUCGGUGCGGUGUCCAAACCACUUUACUACGCCGGCGGUACGAAGGCCAUGUUUUACGGCGGACUGGGCUUCUUAAUGGCGCUUAGCCUCGUACAGGCCGUGGACAGCGGAGGGCUCAGGUGGCACCCCGACGGGACGUUCGGCGACUCUUUCUUGUCCAGAGACUCGACCACGGCGUUCGCCGACAAGGACGCGUGCCUGGACUCCGCGAAGGACGCCGGACCAAGCGACGCCGCCAGAAGCGUGUUUCCCGAGAUCCCCGCGCUCGAGGUGGCCCACGCGGCGUACCGCACCGCCGUGGCCGAGAGCAGCAGGCCGCAGAACCUGGUCGGCGGACUCCGCGGAGACCAGGUUUUCUUCAUGACGCUCUGCUUCAUGACCUGCUCGCGCGAGCCGGUCGUCGACUGCAACAAGGCGGUGAGCAACUUUGCGCCCUUCGCCCGAGCCUUCGCCUGCCCGUCGGGCUCGCCCAUGAAUCCUGAACGAAAGUGCUCCUUCUUCGGUUGACUUUGCCGCACAGCACCCCACCCCCCUCCCUCCCUCCCUCGAGGAC